UUGCUACCCUCUUCAUGUUUCUCUCUCGACCCCUCUUUUCUCAAUGCAAAUUUUUCGGUCUUGUCAAGAAAGUUAUAGUCCGAAUCAGGUUUUGUCGAGUUAGACCUUCAUAGUAUAUGUUUAGAUAUAUAGAUUGCUCCUUAAACUCUCCACAUGCUACUUACCCCAACCCUUCUUUCUCCCCAACACAUAUUUCCUCAAGAGUAAACCCUUAAAAUUUCCUACAAUUCACAAACACCUCAUGCAAUGACUAUUCCUUGCAUGAUCAAGAACCAAUCCUCCAUGACUCACCAUGCCACCAAACACAAAAAACAACAAGAAGAAACCCUAAUCUUUGAUGCAUCGGUGAUCCUACACCAAUCCCACAUACCCCCGGAUUUCAUAUGGCCCGAUGAUGAAAAGCCCCAACCCAACCCUUCAGAACUCCACGUCCCGCUCAUUGACCUAACUGGCUUCCUCGUUGGUGACCCUGCCGCCUCAGCUAGGGCGGCAAACCUGGUCGGCCAAGCAUGCAAGCAUCACGGUUUCUUUUUAGUGGUGAACCACGGCGUUGAUGCCAGUCUCAUAGCAAAUGCUCAUCGUUAUAUGGAUGAUUUCUUCGAGCAGCCACUUGAAAAGAAGCAAAGGGCUCAGAGGAAACUCGGUGAGCAUUGUGGUUAUGCUAGUAGCUUCACAGGAAGGUUCUCCUCCAAGCUGCCAUGGAAAGAAACUCUCUCCUUCGAGUAUUCAGAAGAAAAGGGCUCUUCCCACAUUGUUGAGGACUACUUCUGCAGGACUCUGGGUGAAGAUUUUGCAAACUUAGGGAAAGUCUACCAAGACUAUUGUAGUGCAAUGAGCACACUUUCAACACGAAUAAUGGAGCUCCUGUCCAUGAGCUUGGGUGUGGCUCAUACUCAUUUCAAUGAGUUUUUCAGAGAAAACGAGUCAAUAAUGAGAUUGAACUACUAUCCACCAUGCCAAAAGCCAGAUGAAACCCUAGGCACCGGACCUCAUUGUGACCCAACAUCAGUCACCAUCCUCCACCAGGACAACGUCGGUGGACUCCAGGUGUUUGUCGACAAGGAAUGGCAGUCGAUACCUCCCAACUUCAAUGCCUUUGUUGUCAACAUAGGUGAUACAUUCAUGGCACUCUCAAAUGGGAGGUACAAGAGUUGUUUGCACAGGGCAGUGGUGAACAGCAGGUGUCCUAGGAAAUCACUUGCUUUCUUUCUUUGUCCGAGAAAGGACAAAGUGGUGAGCCCACCACAUGAAUUGGUGGAUUCCAAUCACCCAAGAUUAUGUCCAGACUUCACAUGGCCAACCCUUCUUGAGUUCACACAAAAACAUUACAGGGCUGACAUGAACACCCUCCAAACCUUCUCCCAUUGGCUGCAGAAGAAACAAAAACAAACAUCCCAUUUAGGUCUUGUAAUUCAUUCAUAAGUACUCCCACGUUGUCUUAGUUCCAUGAAUUCUGGCCCACAUCGAGUCUGGUCAAAUCUCAUCCCAUCAACAAGAAUUUCAUGUAAAAAUGUAUGUAUAAAUUUGAAGAGACGACGACAGUGUUUCGUUUAGACAAAUAUAA